AUGAAGUCGCCUAUUGUUGUGUCGCCCUCCUUGGGGUCCACUUUUGUUGCAGCCAGCAUUGCACGACCAGAUAAGACGAGUAUCGAUGUGCUCCCCUUGGACUAUCUUUUGGCACAUAAGGAAGGAGAAGAAGAAGAAAAAGGAGAAGGAGAAGGAGGUUUAUCACCUCAACCGGGCAAGUUUGAAAUUGAUUUCCUCAAUGGCGAGCAGGUGGCUGCCUUCAAAUGGCUCAGGGUUCCUAAAGGUAGUGACGAAAGGGGAUCAACUGCAGCUACAGCAGCACCAAAUGUCUCAAAGAGAAGGAGAGACUCAUUUCCUUUGGAAAAGACAACUCCCGACUUUAUUGACUACCUUGUAAUACUACUAACAACUGGCGAAAUCCUGGUUUAUUCGACCUUUUUAAAGGAAUUCACUAACAAGAUCUCCUCCGAUUCGAACUUUUCCGCUAUGGAGGUGAUGUCCAAUACUGGUGAUCAUAAUAUAGUAGUUUUCGAUUCUUCAGUUUCAUCGGUCAAAUUCUUUCAAUCAAAUUCUCCUCAAAUUGUAUCUACAAUUCCUUUCAAAGAAGAUGCCAACAUCUCAUGUAUUCUAUCACUUGAAAAUGACGAUCUUCAAUUAAACUUGAUUCUGGCAUCCAGCUCUGCCAUUUAUAUUAUCAAUUUGAAGGGGGAAAUCAUUGACAAGAUCGAUAUCUCAUUGCCAGAAUCGGGAACUGUGAAUUCCAAACAAAGGCUACCUGCUUUCGAUAAUUCAACACCUAUUUUGAAAAUGGCAAAACAUAAGAAUGAGGACAUUCUUUACCUGACUCGUAAAAAUAAUGCCAUUAUACAAGUUGUUGAUUUGAAGAGUAAAACAUCGAGAUUUUUAACUGCAUCAACAACAAUCACAGAUAUCUCUAUCCUUAGAACAAAUAACUCCUAUAUUAUUGCAGCUACACUAUUAGGGGGUUCGGUUGAAUUGUUUUCGCCUAGAAGUGAGGAAACUUCAAGUUAUGCACGGUUGGAAAUUGAAGGCGGUAAAGAUAUUGGGAAGUUUGUAGGGUUGUUAGACUCCAAUAAUAUUAUUGAUGGUGUAUAUAAAGGUGUAUGGUAUGAUCAUUUCAAUAUUCAAAUCACAGAUAUUGAGUUUGAUGACAUUUCUGCGUUGGAUGGUACAAUACGGAUAACCGUCACCAAUUCCGGAGAUGACGAGUUAUUAGAAUUGUCGGAUGGAGAAAGUAGUGGAAACGAUGAAUACUAUGAGGCCGAUGAAACUUUUACCAAGCCUAAGAAUGUCGAUAAUUUACAAUGCACGGAUUUGAAGGAGUUCUCCCAAUUAAUAAGGCAAAAACUGAUAUUACCAGAUCUUGAUAACGAACGAGAUGACGUGAAUAAGAAUGAAUAUUUCACCGAGCUCUUGGCCCAAAACACAACAUUUGCGAAACCCAUUAUUCACACUCUAUCGGUUGACGAAACUAAGAUCCUGUUCAAUAGAGUUGCCUAUCUAGUAUCGCAAUUUCCAAGCUCAAUUAACCAAGAUUUUACAAUUGUAUCGAAUGUCAAACAGUGGUUAAAAUGGAUCUUGAUUCUCCGUGGCUCUGCAAUCAUUAAUGACGAUGAGUCCAUUGGGUGGUUGAAGCUCCUGCGGUCUGAGUUCAACCAAGAAGCAAAGGUGUUGAACAACAUGGUCAAACUUACUGGUAAACUGACGUUACUUAAGGACCAGCUAGAGAUCCGUAAAGAAAUGAUGAAGGCAGCCGGUAGUAACGGCGAAGCCGAUGGAGAAAACGAGGCGGAUGAUGUCAAUAAUGACUCUGGCAGUGACUCGGAAGACGAUGCCAUUAAUGUCAUGGAUGGCGAAGGAGGAUUUGGUGAAGAAGAAGCUGACGACGACGACAGUGACAAUGAGGAUGAUGAUGAGGAUGAUGAUGAAGCUGACGACAAUGCCGCCACUGAGUAG